ACUGGCCACAACAGUCACCCCCACCACAGCCUCCCUCUCAUUCUCUCACUCCCUCUCUUACACGUCUCACUCCCUCCCUCACGUCUCACUCCCUCUCUCACAUGUCUCACUCCCUCCCUCACUCCCAUAACACACUGAACAUAAUACGCCUUUCUCCAACUCAAGAUAAAGAAUUUUACUUAGAAGAUAACUUAGAAACAACUUUGAACGUUGUUGUCUGCACGAAGUAGGACUGCGAAAGUGAUAUAAUUUAUUCACAUAUGUGAAAUGAUUGACUCGUAGACAAUGAGAAGUCAUUGCAAGAGGAUGAGGUGAAGGCGUUGAUAAGGGCGCUGGUGGAGUCCGAGGAUCCCCAACCCACCUCCAACACCCCCACCACCUCCAACGGUGCCUCCUACACCCACACCACCACUACCAGAAGCGACCAGGACAAAGCAAAACCUCACACGAAGAAGGAGGUGGAAGCAAGAAGCCUCCUGAAGCAGCAGGAGGACAACUUGGGCGACUCCCGCUGCAGUAUAGGCACCUUGAAACUUCACUGUCUGCGGGUACUGGCGACGAAGGAGGUGUACCUGAUGGUGUACUUCUUGCUGGGACUUCUGCAGGGAAUGAUCUAUACCUACGGAGUCUCUCUCAUCUCAACCAUAGAGAAAGUCUUCAGCCUUACCAGCAGAGAGGCAGGAGUGAUCCUGGCUGGUCACGGGCUGACACUAGCGUUGAUGUGCGUCUUGCUGCCGCCCUGCGGCACUCACGUCCACCGCCCACACCGCCCACGGUGGAUGGGCGUUGGGGUGGUGACCUCUCUCACCUGCUGCCUCGUCGCUGUCGUCACCCACUUCGCUUCCGUCAGCGCCUCCGUCCGUCUCCAACCCACCAAGAAAGUGAGGACGGAGGUGUGUUUCUCUGAGGGGUCGCAGGAUGGGUCCUGCCAGAACGCUACUGGUGUAGGUGAGGUCUUCGUCAACCCGGUCAUACUGCUCUUCAUCUCGCAGUUCCUCGUUGGCAUCGCCCUCAGUAUCUUCUACACCGUGGGUGUCACCUACCUUGAUGAUAACAUCAAUAAGAAAGCCUCGCCUCUCAACUAUGCCACGCCACUGCUGCUGAAGAUGCUGGUGAGGAUGGUGGGUCCUGUGUGCGGCUUCCUGCUGGGUGGCUGGUGCCUCUCACUCUGGGUUGUCCCGUCUCCCCACACCAACACUAACGACCCCACCAGACACGGUCCCUGGUGGAUAGGGUACCUGUUACUGGCUUGUGGUUUACUAGUGUCCUGUGGCUUCUUGUACCUGUGUCCUGGUAAACUAGCUGGCGAGGCGGUGAAGAGGAAGGAGGCGAGGCAAGAAGAGGCAGCGAAGAAGCAGUGGUGGCUUGAUGAAUUCCUCGUCUGCAAUAGGAAGAGGAAAGAAGCCAGACGCUACGUCCAUAACCUACCAAAGGCUCUGAAACGUCUCUUCGGCAGCAAAAUCUGGGUUGGGAACCUCUUUAGCUCGGUGACCUUCUUCCUGGCCAUCGCCUGCUACUUCAACUUCAAGUCCAAGUACCUGGAGACUCAUUUUGGCAAGAGUGCCAGCGAGGCUAACUUCUACACAGGGUUGAGUACCCUAGGGGCGUCCCUACUGGCUGUGGCCGCCACCGCCGCCUUCAUGAGGUGGACGAGACCAUCAUCUAGGUUCCUAGCUUCCUAUGAUGUAAUCCUCACACUCCUGGGCUGUGUCUCAUACGUCAUCCUCAUGUUUCUCAGCUGCCCCCAGCUCCACAUUCUUGGACCUCUGGCAAGGUCGGAGGCCGGAGAGUGCUCCUCUGAGUGCAAGUGCUCACUUCAGUUCUCACCUGUGUGUGCUGAAGAUAACACUACAGUGUUCUACUCUGCUUGCUAUGCUGGUUGCUCUGCCUUCGACCUCUCCUCCGAGUCUUUGGUGUAUCGAGCCUGUAGAUGUAUCGGAAAUUUCUCCAACCCGUUUAUCACUGUACCUGACACCCUCCACACAGUGCCUGACACCCUCCACACAGUGCCUGGCACCCUCCACACGGUGUCCGACACUUCCACACAGUUCCUGACACUCUCCACACAGUGCCUGACUUACAAAAGAGUUUCCUACUGACUUCUGGCAACCAUUCAGUGCUACAACAGCUGUUGUUCUGUAAGGCUAUUCCUGUAAGUGUGCUCCGUGGGUGACUGUGGCUUCGCCAAAUUCUUCCCUUCAAUUCGUGAUUACUACUGAAAUUCAUGAAGGAUGUUAUACCUAGUAAGCUUGCAAGUAUUGUAACUCUUAGGACAAUUUUGGAUUUUCCUAAAUUCAGCAUGUGCAAAUUUGACUAAUACAAUAAUUGUGUAAUAUAAUAUGAUGCUGAUUUGACCCUUUCGAAAAAUUUCGAGUGAGGGGGGUGCAGAACAGCCAGUAGUGACGCCAGAAGGGAGACGCCAUGUUGAAGGUCAGUUGAUGUAUAUCCGCCUCAAUCUGUAAUUUAGAAAUUUCUGACGCGUUCUUGCUGAAGAAUUGGGAUAAAAAGUGUGAAAAACCCUUACAAUUCGGCAACAAAGACAGAAAAAUAGAGGACUCCAAUCCUUCCCAGCAACACACCUUAGCUAAGUGACACUUACCCAUAGUGUACAGCAGUUUUUGCAUUGGCCAUCAUAAAUCCUAGCUGUAGAGAUAGCAUUAGGGUGUUUCCAAAAAUAAUUAUGAUCCAGUAAUUAAAUGGUGAGUGGUAAUACGAAUUUCCUUUCUAAUAACAUCAAUAAUUUAUGUAUAUUAAUUAUAAAUAUGCAUACCCAGCAAGUCUAAUCAUAUACAGUACACACACCUUUAAUUUACUAGAGUAGCUGGUUUUAAUAUUAUAAUUAUUAAUUUAAUGUCAGGUCUAGCUUUUUGUGUGAGUGGUGAUGAAAAGGGCAUCGAGGGAGUUACAGUCCUGUGACCUACUGUGACUUAAGUCCCACUUAUCUCACCCAAAUUACAUGCCUGUAAUAAUUCAGGUAAUACCAUGUAAACCUCAUGCAGGUAAUUUGCUGACAUAAUAAUUCACAAAAAUGUGAUUUGAGUAUCAGACACAUCGCCGAAAUUCUGAGCCUAGCAAAGUCAACUAUUGGUCAUAUUCUGAAGAAAGCUGAUGACACUGAUGUUUAUAGAACGCUGUCUCGAGGAAGAUAUGAAAGAAAACACAAGACAACACCUCACAAUGACAAGGUUAUCAUAAGAAAUAAUGUGAAGGAUCCCAAGAAAACCAGCAAAAAUCUAUAGAGAGAUUUGGCUUCAGGUGACGUAAAUGUUGAUUCUUCAACUGUUCGACGAAGGCUCCUGGAAGUUGCCAGAGAUGCCAGAAAUCUCGUAAAGAAAAAUUAUCGACUUCUACUAUGAAGAAAAAGACGGUUGAGAGGGCACUCGUUCAUAAGAGAUGGAGAUGAAGGGAGAGAAGUUAUAUUUUCAGAUGAUUCGCAUUUUGAAGUACAUGGCUGGAGAUCAGUAGUAGCGAGAUGGAGCAAAGGCGAACCUCUUCGGAAUGGACACAUUCAACAAGCAACAAAACACCCACCUAAGAAGAUGGUUUGGGGCAGUUUUACUGCUAAAGGCCCUCGACUGCUUGUUUUUGUUGAGGAAACGAACUGUGACAAAUACAAUGCAAUCCAGGCAACUGAUUUGCUUCCCAUUGUGGAUAGACUUUCCUGAUGGAGAAGGCAUUUUCCAGCAGGAUCUCUGGCCAUGCCACACUUCCAGGAAAAAUACUGACAGUUUAGAACGCUAAGCGUCCUAAACUGCCCUGGAAACUCUUCUGACCUCAACCCAACCGAGAAUCUAAGGGCAAUAACCAAACGCAGGAUCACGAAACAGGGCUGUUCAACUGUAGAGAAUGUAAUAAAGUUGGUAGAAUUACCGACAAUAUGUAAAG